AUGGAAUCGAAUCCCGCCAUCGUCGCCAUCUUUGGUCAACCCCCCGUCAACAUCAAUCUGGCUGCUACUCAGGUUUCUCGCGACAAUGCCGCCGUCCUUGCCAUGCUGUGUCUCGGGGUAGUGGCCGUGAUCCUGCGCUUUAUCACACGGCUCGCUCUGCGCAAUCCCUUCCGGGUGGAUGACUGGUUGAUCCUGGUGUCUCUGGUAUGCAUGAUGGGCAUCGUUGCAGGCGGCACAUUUGGUGCAGGGCGACAUGUCUGGGCAGUCACCUUGCCGGAUUUAACCAGUAUCUUCAAAGAUCUUUCCUUCCGCUUGCCCAUCAUCCUCGGCUUUACCCUUGCACUUUCCUAUCCGAUCAUUGUUUGGGUAGCCAUGGGCAAUUCUUGUCGGCCCGUGUCAUACUUUUGGAACCAGUUCAAUGGCGCCUCGGGGACGUGUAUCAAGACGGAUACCUUCUUUCUCGCAACGGCCAUCAUCAACAUGGUGAACGACAUCGUGGUCCUGGCAGUGCCCUUUCCACAGAUUGCCAAACUGCAGAUGAAUCGUCGGAAGAAGCUGGCAGUCUGUGCAAUUCUAGCAUUGGGGAGUUUCGUAUGUGUGGCCAGUGCAGUGCGGAUAUAUGUCCUCUACCAGUUCACCCAGGCUCGUGAUGUGACCUGGAUGAUGGGGCCAGUGUUCAUCUGGUCGAGCAUCGAGCCAUCCGUGGCCAUCGUCUGCGCGCGUCUCCCACAUCUGGCUCCCUUGGCCCGUUUGGCUCACCUCCAACUCCUCUCCACUCGCGGGGGUAAGAGUGGGCAGCCCACAUCGCCGAGUUUGCCAUGGCGAUCGCGACGUAGUGGGGAUCCAAACGUUGCAACAGUUGGUUCCCGACCGAGUCAGUUGGCCGCGGGGCGAUUCGACCGACCAGGCCUGGAGAGAUCUGAGGACGAAAUUAGGUUGACGAGCAAGGUCACGGCCAGCACAGUGGUGCGCUCCCGGCGCUCGCUCGACUCUGCCCCGGAGGACCGUCUACCUGGCCAGUUCAUUGUAGUGCAGUCCAGUUUCGAACAAUCUGCGUCCAACGCGAAGCAUGGCCAGUGAAGCACGAGGGAUAUGGUUGUUAUGAGGGAUGAGUGGGCUAUCGGGCUAGGGAAUGUAUGGAGAAUGGAGCUUCUGAUAUCAUGGGAUGGAUGCCCAGUAUGGCAGAAGAGCACAUUUUGAUUCAAUAUCAACGAGGCCAUGAAUGUCGGAUAUCCAACUUUGCUCGAUUGAGAUAUUCAGUUACACUAUCCGCUACACAAUUCCGGGGACGGACCGAGU